AUGGCAUGGAUCCUUCGGUUCCUAAGCAGAAGUCGCAAAAGACUACAAGAUCCUGAACCGACAUUAGAGGAGAGCAUUAACGCCAAUGGAAAGGAGACAACUCCAGAGAGAAAGAUAUUCAAACGCAUCCGCAUCCCUUCAACUCAGCCGAUAGAUUCAUCAAAAGGAAAAGUUAGCACCCCUUUUUCCAAUCUGGGACGAAAGAGAACGACUUAUCCGAAUCAAAGGCAGUGUCGCACUAGCUCUGAGGAAUCGAAACAUCGAGCCCCCUAUUUUCCUACCUGCGAGCUCCUACCCAUCGUCGUAUCACUACUGAUUAUCGACAAGCACGAAUCCCUAGCGCACGCAGGUGUCAAGACUACACUCUCUGAGUUAAAAGAAAAAUUGUGGGUCGUCAAAGGGCGGCAACAAGUCAAGAAGGUAUGGUUCGCUUGCGUACCCUGCCAGAAGCUAACAACUCCGCCCUUUCAAGAAAUUGCUUCACCUCUACCGCUCAACGGACUCCACCAAGCUCAAGCAUUCCAAAUCAUGAGAGUUGAUUUUGCUGGACCGCUUUUCUACAAGCCCGCGCCAGCCAAAAGGAUCAAAAGGGACAAUAAUCCGCAAGUCAACCCGGAUCCCUAA